AUGGCACAAAAUGGAACAUCAAAAACUUUCUCUUCAUCAACAAAACCAACAUAUGAGGAAACAAUUAGAGCUUUAAAUAAAUUACAAAGCAAUAGUGCAUAUCUACGUUCAGUUACAAAGUGCAACUCUCAAAGUAGAACAACACUUGAAGACACUAAAAAAUAUUUAAUAAGAUCUGGUAUAAGUCUAAAUGACUUGAAUAGAAUUCCAAUAAUUCAUGUUGCUGGUACAAAAGGUAAAGGUUCAACAUGUGGAUUUUUAGAAUCAAUACUUCGUCAUCAUGGUUUUAAAACAGCUCUUUAUACAUCACCUCAUCUUGUAACUGUACGUGAAAGAAUAAGAAUUAAUGGAAAACCAAUAAAUAUUGAUGUUGCAAUAUUAGAAGUUGGUAUUGGUGGUGAACUUGAUUGUACAAAUAUCAUUGAAAAACCAACAUGUGUUGGUAUUACAAAAUUAGAACUUGAUCAUAUGCAGUUACUUGGUAAUGAUUUAUCAAGUAUUGCUUGGCAAAAAGCUGGAAUAUUUAAAAAUCAUGUACCAGCAUUCACAGUCAAUCAACGUCAAGAAGCAAUUGAUAUUUUAUACAAACCAUUAAAAAAUACACAAUGUCCUGGAAGAAGUCAAAUAAUUAAUGGUAAAUAUUUAGAUGUUUAUCUAGAUGGUGCACAUACACAAGAGAGUAUGAAAAAUUGUGUUAAUUGGUAG